AUGAGUCAAGAUCCUCCCAAACGGCCCUCCUUAGACAACAAGAUUUCCCCUCCUCUAAAUCCUAAACCUCGUUCCGCGAUACCUUCGUAUUUAUUGAAUGGAAGCUCUCCUUUACAUCGACCUCCCACCACUUCAAGAGCGCAGGAACGAGAAAACCUGGCUUCCUCAAUCAAGAGCACUUACGGGAGAAGAACUACAAUAGACCUGGCAGAUGUUCAGAGUUCUCCAAAUACAAUGCCAAGUACUUCUUGGGUUGGUCUCACAGAUGGUCCGACCAAUGCUGAACCCAAACGAUCCACACGACUGCACGAACCAGCUAGAGACGAAAGAGAUGAGGCACCAGUGACACCUCCGACGGUUUCCCGCCCUGCAAGCCCAUAUACCUUGAAUCCUCCCAUCGACUUUGACGGUCUUAGCUGGCCAUGCGUCGGUACGCGCGAACGACUAGAGCAGACUCCAGAAGAAGCACAGGCUCGCUUGGAUAAACUGGCAGGGGCAGUCAGGACUAUUUUCGAAUGUAUUGGUGAAGAUCCCGAACGAGAAGGACUACGAGAAACACCCGCACGAUAUGCUAAAGCCUUGAUGUACUUCACCAAAGGAUACGAGGAGAAUGUCCGAGAUUUGGUCAAUGGUGCGGUUUUCCACGAAGAUCACGAUGAAUUGGUCAUUGUCAAGGACAUUGAGGUCUUCAGUCUGUGUGAACACCAUAUGGUACCGUUUAUCGGCAAGAUGCACAUUGGCUACAUCCCCAAUAGGAGGGUGCUGGGUCUGAGCAAACUUGCCAGACUAGCAGAGAUGUUCUCUCGAAGGUUACAAGUUCAGGAAAGAUUGACCAAACAAGUGGCAUUAGCCAUUGCCGAAGUCCUCAAACCUCAAGGUGUGGCUGUCGUCAUGGAAAGCAGUCAUCUUUGCAUGGUCAUGAGAGGAGUCCAGAAGACCGCCAGCAGUACUACUACUAGUUGCAUGUUGGGCGCCAUGAGGAGCAGUGCGAAGACACGGGAAGAAUUUCUAAGCCUCUUGAAUCGGAAGUGA